AUGGACAGCUGGGCUGCUCAUGUGGACUGCCGGAAUGUUGGUAUGGAGUGCCGGAGUCCUCUUGUGGACAGCAGGAUUGUUGAUAUGGAGAGUUGCAUUGUUGCUGUGGCAGAUGGGAUUGCUGAUAAGCAGUGCCGGACUGUUAUUCUGGCGAGCAGGUUUGCUGUUUUGGAGAACUGGCUUGGUGGCAUGGAGAGUUGGCAUCAUGUUGUGGAGGUUUGGAGUAUUAUUGUGGAAGGCUGGCUUAUUUUUUUGGAGAACAUGAUAUAUUGUGGAAAGACUAUCCUUCAAACCAAAUUCAAUAGACUUAAUUAA